CGUGGCCUCGAGAAGUAAAUAGCGAAAUAUAAUCAAAAGGUGGUUAGUUUGAUUUUGCGUCGGCAAAGCGUGUGUUGAAGGAACGCGGUCAUUCGGCACGGGUACAUUUUCGGUCGUUGCCGUCUGUAUUAAAAGUGAUUUCAAUGUGCGCGUUUGUUCGUAGGUUAUACAUUCUUAGUGCUAUUGUAAGAUAGCUGUGGCCCUAGUUCAAUAAAUGUGAUUACAACCUUUGUGCUUGGACAUCAAAUGAAAACUAUUCCAUUAUUAUGUUUCCGGCAAAAUUUAUUUUUCGCCGUGAGACAUGUUUUCGUCUAUCAGAAAACACCAGGGCGUUGGUUUUCUGUCGAAGUUGAAAAGAAUAUUAAGGUUGCCAGUACUGAUUCUAUACAGCAUUUAAAAUGCAUGGAUCCACUUUCUCCAGUGUAUGGGUUCUCGGAGCUGGCGGUGCGCCUGGCCGGCCCACACCAGCUCCAGCCCAAGCCGGAGGCGAGCGCCCUCCAGUUCGGUCAGCACUUCACCGACCACAUGCUCAAGAUACACUACUACGAGGCGCUGGGCGGCUGGCAGCGGCCCGAGAUCAUGCCGAUGGAGAGCAUCGUGCUGCACCCUGCCGCCAAGGUUCUGCACUACGCUGUUGAGCUGUUCGAGGGCAUGAAGGCGUACCGCGGGCUGGACAACAGGAUCCGCAUCUUCCGGCCGCAGCUGAACAUGGCGCGCAUGAACAUGACGGCGGAGCGCGCCGGCCUGCCCUCCUUCGACGGCGACGAGCUCAUCAAGUGCCUGUGUCGGCUGGUCAGCAUCGACCAGGAGUGGGUGCCGCACUCGGAGGCGUCCAGCCUCUACAUCCGCCCCACGCUCAUCGGCAUCGACCCGGCGCUGGGAGUCGCCAUGUGCGACUCCGCGAUGCUGUUCGUCAUCCUCUGCCCCGUGGGCUCCUACUUCAAGUCAGACGCCAUCUCGCUGCUGGCCGACCCCAGCCACACUCGCGCCUGGCCGGGCGGCUGCGGCGACCGCAAGAUGGGCUCCAACUACGCCCCCACCAUCCACAUACAGGAGCUAGCCCUCAAGAGGGGACUGCAGCAGGUGCUGUGGCUGUACGGAGAGAACCACCUGUUGACGGAGGUCGGCACCAUGAACAUUUUCAUGGUCUACACCAACGACCAGGGAGAGAGGGAGCUGGUGACUCCCCCCCUGGACGGACUGAUCCUGCCGGGCAUCACGCGCCAGUCGGUGCUGGACCUGGCGCGCGAGUGGCGGGAGUUCCCCGUCUCCGAGCGCCCCAUCCCCAUGGCGGAGGUCAUAGACCUGUACCACGAGGGCCGGCUGCUGGAGCUGUUCGGCACGGGAACGGCGUGCGUCAUCAGCCCCAUCAGGUCCAUCACGUACCGGGACACGGUCCUCGCCGUGCCCACCCUCGAGCAGACGGACGCGCUGAACGUGCGCGUUAAAGCCGCGCUCACCGACAUCCAGUACGGCCGCGUCCCCCACCCCUGGGCCAUCCCCAUCGACGAGUACUGAAGCGCGCUCUCCCCGCCCGGAGGCUCCUCGGCUCCACGCCGCUGGUUCUUCCCCGCCGGUUCCGAAACCCCUUCCGGUCGUUUGUGCGCUCUCCGGAUGUGAUUCGGAUCCGUUGGUAAAUGGACCUGAAGUCCCGACUCGGUGCCAGGGUUUUUAAAGAUUCGUAAAAAUCUGUUCUGGUGUUAAAGUGAUUUUCCACAUUUUGCCUAUCUGUAUGUAGGGUUCUGCGAGUAUUUGAAGAAAAUAUUUUAUAUUUUUGUGAAUAAUAUAUUCGAAUCAAAGUUUCAAAUCAACCAAUCAUAUUAUAUAUAUAUAUAUAUAUUUUUUUUUUCCUCUGUUUUCAUUACCAAUAUAUACAUACAGCAAGUGGGACUCAUCCACAAAAAAAAAGUUUUAAUGAGACGAAUGUAACAUCUAUGAAGCCAAAAAGAUUUAUUGAGAAAUUUGGAUUUGUGUUGUACAACAUAUUACAUACAUGCUUUUCAUGUGUAACCAUUUAAUAAGUGUAUAGGAUUACAAAUUAUUAAAAUUACUUUAUUUUUAUGUAUAUAUUAAUUUUAUCAACAAAACAAUUGUAGAAAUUUUUGUGGUUUGAAAAAUGCAUUGCCUGGUUCUUAUUGUUUUGUUUUUUUUUCUUUUUUUCCCCCCCAUUUAACAGCAUUGUCAUUUGAGUGUACUUUUCAUAAAUUUUUUUUACUCCUUGAAGUAUGAAAAAAAAAAGUUUCACUACAUGUUUACAUUAAACUCAUAAAAUAUUCGAUAUUUGUGAAUAAUGUGAAUAAUGUGAUAUUGGAUCAAAAAUUUGAUUCGAAUACAAAAGUAGUAUUCGCAGAAGCCUACCUCUCUGUAUUGUUACGAACUCCGCCCAUCUGAUAAUGACGUUUUGUACAACUGCUGUCAAUCCUGACCGGAGGCAAAAUGUGCUGUGAUAAAGUUAGUUGAUGAGCGUGUCUUUGCAGGCAGUUCUCGCGAAGAGUGGCGGUCUUGACUGGGUCGGGUGUGAUCCGGACGUUAUCUUGCAUCGGCCAGCACUAUCUCCCGCCUCUGGGCCGUUCUUCUUCUAAUGCCAGCUCACUAUUGCACCCUGCUCUUCCCAAGACAUUUUCAAUCGUCCUUUUGUCCCUUUUCGUGUGUACGUCGUUUUCAACAUCCUUUCCUUUAUUCUCUUUACUUGUCUGUUCCACCACUGUCCUGUUUUCUAGGAUCAACUUGUCAAAUAUCUGUAAUUCCGCUCUUAGUCGUACUUUCUCACCCUUCGUCCUGUUGAUUAAUUUUUAUUUUUCUCCCGAGAGUAGUGAGGGUGCUUGGGAAAAUUGUUACUCAAUUAUUAGAGACCGGAAAAAUUUGCGGGUUCAGUGACCUCCAGGAUAGACUCCACUACCCUCUACACACUCGGGCAAAUGCCAACUGUUCAUUGGCUGCUGACUUGUGAGUAGGGCCUGGAAAAAUUAGCAUCUAUUUAUUACAAAAUUAGCAUUUAUGAUGUUAAAAAUUAGCAUCUAUUUUCCAGAAAUUAGCAUCUAUUUUUGAGAAAUUUGCUUAAGAUAUUGAGUUACAUAAUACAAGAAGUUGUAAUAGUGUUUCUACCCAUUAAGACAAAUUUUAACACAAACCAAAAUCAUUAAACGGUAUUUGUAAACAAACGUUUGAGCACUAAUAAUUUCAGAUGAAAACAAACGGACGAUUCAAGUUGGCCAACUUCUGUACGCUAAACGUGCACCACAAAAUGUAUGAUUUGUCUCUAUGUAAAAUAUUGAUCGGAAAAAAAAAAUUUGAAGACUAAAGUGAUUAUCAACAAAUGUAAAAAAACUGUGUACUAAAAUAUUUGUAGUAGUUUUCAGCAUUUAAAAUAUUUUAAUUUUUAUCUUUGCAAUUUCACUACGAUCCCGUCAACGACCUAAAUAUUUUCUAGGUUUUUGGUUUCCGUGAUGCGCUUGCCGGGAAAUUUUGUUUUGUUAGGUUGGAUACUCUUCAUGAACAGGCAACACACGAUGCAAUGGAGAACGUAUGCGAACGUGACGUGAUCUAACAAAACAAAAUAACUGCGUCGAUAAGUAGUGUGAACAUUCUUUUCUAAACAUUCAACGGUAACUUGAGGAAAUCGUAAACACUAAAUUUACAAAAUUACUUAUGCUAUACUAUCAUGCGUGAUAUUUGGUUAAGGAAUGUUUUAUAAAUUAAGGUUAGGAUUCGGAUUUUAUUCCUUCAACAAGCCUUGCCAGAAGCUAUUGUUUACGGUAAUUGUGUUAUGGUGGUUAUUUUAAAAAACAAUACUUUGAGGAAUGUGUGUUCAAGCCGUUUUGUUGCAUUCUAUAGUGGUUUUGCGCCCGAUAAUGGCAAUUUUACCGCGAUUUCGCAAAUAUAGCAUUUAUAACAACAAUUAGUAAAAAAUCGCAUCUAACAUCAAAAUUCGCAAAAAAAUCGCAUCUAUCGCAAAUUGCGAAUUUUUCCGGCCUCUACUUGUGAGUCAUUUUGACUGGGUGGUCUGUGAUUCGACACUUCUAUGAGCGAGGGUCUCUAAUUGCCCCUCAGUCCUCCAGAUUAACAGUGAACCAAUGACAGAAGCAGCACUAAGGUAUAAUUAUUUGAAUUUUAGCAUAACACGAAAUGAACCCGCGAAUUUUUCAGGUCUCUAUCAAUUAUAAGUAUUUAUCUCAUGUUUGAAGUUAAGCUUGUUGCUAAUUGAAUCCUAGAAACUUCCAGGUAAAAAAUCAUUGUCCUCGCUCAAGAUGUUCAGUGAAACCUCAUUACGUCUUAAUACGACAAGUAUUUCCAUAGCCCUACUAAAUACAGCAGGACUACAUCUACAUAUAUUGUUCCUAACUAUGUAUUCUGUUGUUCCUGUAAGAAAUUGAGGUUUAUAGUUAAUGUGUUUAUUAAAAUAAACUGUGUUGUUACAAAUUUUCACAUAUAAUACAAUACACAGUGUCAAAAUUGUAGUUUCUUCUGUGUUUUAUUAAUGAGGUUUUACAAUACAUAUUUAUGAAAAGUAUUUUUAUAUUUCUUUUUUGGUUCAGCCACAGUGUCUUUUGUACAUAGGAAUCGUCCUAUUUUUUGAGGUUUGGGAAACCUCUUGUCCUGAGUGAAUGUUUUUAGAACUAUCAGAGUAGGUAUAGUGACAUUUAGUCAUUUUAAGUAUUGGAAAACAUUUGUACUUUGUUACAGGUCUCUUAUUUUGUGACUUGUGGACAAAUUUUAAACUCUAAAAACUCUUGUUUUCUCUUAGCGCAUCUAUUAGAUUAUUUUUAGAAACCUCUAAUGAGUUUAAAUUAAUUUUGUAUUUAUUUUUGAAAAAUUGUGAUUUACACAUGAAACCUUAGCAAAAUAAGCAGAUUUAUUAUUGUAAAAUAAUAAAAUUAAUUGCAUACCUAAAAUGUCUUUAUCUAGUGGAGUAACACUGUUUUCAGGUAAAUUGAAUCUCAAUAUUGGACAUAUUGUUUUGCUGUAUGUUGUUAUUUCUAUUUUUUCUUAAAUAUUGAUUUACGUAUAUACAAAGAAUAAAUUAUGUAUUCUUUUUCUUGUUUAUAAAGUUUCAUUUUUUAAUGAUUAUGAACAUCAUAAUAUUCUCUGUACUUCUGGUAAUAUUUAUAUGAAAAAUUGGAUAUUGAUUAUAGUAUUCUUCCAAACCAUUUGAUACUGAAGUACAAAUGUUAUGGUGUUUAAUAAGUAUUUUUUUUAGGUUGAAUUUAUUUCUAACACAUACAAAUGUUAAUUUUAAUUAGUUAAGAUGCAUUGCAGUGAGAAGUGUGGUGUAUAUAGUCCUAGCUGAUUUCAUGCUAGUUGAAUUAGGUUUGAAACAUGCUAGUUGAAAUAAGUUUAAACUCAAUUUUAUAUUUUGUGUAGUUUUAUAUGAAUUAUUUCUGAUAAAAAACAUACCUAAAAUGUAAGAAAUGUAGGAAAUAAGAGAGUAGAGAAGUUUUUAGUUAAUUUUAAACCACUUCUAAAGUGGUUUUUCCUACCGAUAGUUAUUGACAUGCUAUCUCUGUUUUUGUUCAUUACUGUUGUAUGAUUACUAUUGGAGAAUUUUGCCAUUUCUGGUUUUAAAAAUUAGAACAGAUUCUCAAAUGAAGGUAAAAAUUAUGGUCUUCGGUGAUAGCAGUGAAAACAUUUAGAGAAUUUAGUUUUAAGGCGUACUGUUAAAGCAGUUACAUAACAGCCACCUUGGUUUACACAACCAUUAUUUUUAACUUUCAUCUGAUUGCUUUAGCACUAGUAGAAUCAAUGUUUUUGUUUCUGUUCAUUUUCACUUACACUUGCAUCCAACUUUUUUCAUGCUGUGUCUACAAAAGCAUACUGAAGUGGCCAUCCUGUAUUCCACACUACUAUGUGUUGUUAUGACUUGCUGUGUUCAAAUAUAGCUGGUCUUAUUUUUACGCAGUUACGCAUCUUUGGACAGAUAUGCGAUCUUUUAGGUUUGAGGUCUGUAUGUGACAGAAGCUAUUAUGUAUUUUUGUACUUAAAACUUACCAAUGUUAAUGUUUGUCCUGUUCUUGUGCAGUCUAUGCUACAGCAUACCGUAAGCACAGUUUUUUACAUGCUGUUAGUUGUCAAGUAUACGAAAAUGUUUAAUAAAGGUUUUUUUUGUUUAGUA